GAGCCGCUGUGAGGACCUGCUUUACUCCGCGCACAUGUAACCGAGUUGACCUCCGGCUGGAGCUCCGGAUCACUGCAGUCAUUCAGUCCGCAGUUCAGAUUCAUCGCCUGCCAACAGCUCUAAAACACACAGGCGACCGCAUCGCCCCGUAGCUGCGCUGUGUGAACUGUCGCUGCGCUGGUCUUAGCGCGGGUUAGUGGGAGUGUGUGAGAUCAGUGUGUGUGAGCUGUGUGUGCGGGGAUGCAGGCGCUGUCUCCAGACGCGGGGCCUGUGGACACACGGCCUCAUGAGGAAGACAUCGAAGGAGACGAUGAAGACGAAGAGCUGGAUGAGACCAUGCUGGAGAGGCUGUGGGGACUGACUGAGAUGUUUCCAGACACCCUGCGGUCAGCAGCUGAAGUAUCUGCACAGUGCUCACUGUCUGUAGCCAAGAAACUUUACAGUUUUUCCCGCAGUGCACUGUGGGUGGGCACCACUUCCUUUAUGAUUCUGGUUCUUCCAGUUGUGUUUGAAACAGAGCGACUACAGCUUGAACAACAACAGCUACAACAGCAGAGACAGAUUCUGUUGGGCCCAAAUGCUGGCAUGUCUGGAGGAAUGUCCGGAAUGAUGCCCCCUGCUCCUGGAAAGCUCUGAAGAAAAAUGUCCAGCACUGUCUUUACGCUGCAGUUCACAGGGGACCUGGAAAAGAAACACAGAGAGAGGGCGAACUGGGGGGGAGAGAACGAGGAGGUGGAUGUCGGUCAACACACUGCAGGACUUAAUUGGUUGAACAUGGGAGGAAAUGUGUCCUUUCUGAAGAGCAGCAAAAUGUGUUUCUUUCUAUAUCUCUCUCACUCUGUGUCCAGCCUACACUUCUGAGCACUGACAGUUUGAGUUCCUUUUUUUAUUUUAUAGCUGUGUCAUUACAUCUCUCAUAUUUCUUUCUGAAAGUAAAAUGGGUAUUUCUCAUUCUUUAGUAAAAGCAAGUUUGUCUGCAGUAAGAUGUUCAUGUUAACAUGUUUAAAUGGGUGUUGCAUUAUAAAUGUUCGUUAUGAACAUUUUCUUAAUGGAUUACAAAGACCAGCUCUGAAAGACUCAAACAUUCGCAUGUUUAGUUGUUGCGAUUGUCCUGCUUGUAAGUGUUAAAGCUUGGUAAAAUUACUGUUUACCAACAGUCUCCUUUACAAAUAUGUUUUGUAAAGGGGAAUUCCACACAUUCUUUUACGUAAUCUAAGCAUACUUUCAUUAGUGACAUAUUAACACUUACUAAUGACACAUACUGGUUUUAUAUAAACUGCUCCACUUGUAAGACAGAAAUUGGAGUCAGCUACAGCACCAAGAUAUUGCAAGAAAGGGUUACAAAUACAUAGUUCUUUCCUGCUGGAGACCUUGAGAUCCAUACUUUCAAUGCUUAACGGUCAUAUCAAACCACCAAGUUGUUAUUUUAGGGAUUGAAUUAUGCAGACAUUUAGUAAAAAUGUUGGAAUUCCCCUUUGUCAUCAUCUAAAGGAAACACCAUACAUGCAAUACAAUGAGUAAUGGAUCACAUUAAAGUUCACAUGGAUCAGGUUUAGCAACUGCACAACAUUUAUGGCUUGUAACUGUUUUUCAUGGAAAGAGGAACAAAAGAGUUGUCACAAGCAUGAUGUUAGUGUCAGACUUACUGACCUAGUGGAAACACGGACUUAUAAACACUUGUUAAGUAAACUUAAGUGUUUGCAUGUGCUUGUAAUGCUAAACCUGUACAUUGUUUAAGCUUUGUAAGGACACUGCAUUUGAGUUUUAUGCAUUUGUACAAAUUAUUUAACAUCAAAACUAUAUAAUGGCAAUUUUUCAUGUCAAUCUCUCCCAAGAAGGUCUUUGUAUAUUCAACAUGUCUAAAGGAAUAAAGGAAAACAAACAUG